AUGGCUCAAGCUAUUGAAGAUGCAGCUGGACCCGAUGUUGAUGGCCAAAAUGAGGAUGUGGAUGGGCCCGCCGAUGAGGACCGGACCACCCUCAAUGUUGAGGAGUGGUGCAAAUGCACACACUGUGAUAUUAUGGCUACACAUUUUGAGUGCAUGUGCUGCCAUGAUCAGGAUGUAGUGGCAGCCAGGUUUGAGGACCCAGACAGUGGGGACGUUUUGAUGGACUGCAUCACAGACCACCAGGACUUCGUCCCCGUCUGCCUGAACAGGGCAGUGAUCGAAACAACCAUGGCCCGGCUACAUCACGCCUAUAUCGAGAGGAGGGAUGACAACACUUCGACAAACAAGUAA